CAGACUGUUACACGGGCGGUGAGCUGUAGUGCUGUUCAAGAAUGGCUGCACUGUGUCGUCUGAGGCAGUGCCACUCCACAGGCAUUGCCAUCUCUCAUUUUCACACGAGCAGCCGUGCCUCUGCCAAACUGCACUAUAAAAUGCUUGUUGUCGGAGGAGGAACUGGGGGUAUUUCGAUGAGUGCGAGGAUGAAGAGGAUGAUGGGAGCUGAGAAUGUGGCAGUUGUGGAGCCCAGUGAGAUGCACUACUAUCAGCCAAUUUGGACCCUGGUUGGUGCCGGUGCAAAAACUUUAACCUCAUCAGGUCGUUCUACUGCGAGUGUUAUGCCCUCUGGAGUGAAGUGGGUGAAAUCGAAAGUUCAGGAAAUAAACCCAGACACAAAUACUGUCCGCACAGACGACGGGAAUGAAAUCACCUACGAGUAUUUGAUUGUGGCUCUUGGUUUACAAAUCCAUUUUGAGAAGAUCAAAGGACUGCCUGAAGGAUUUGAACAUCCAAAGAUUGGGUCAAACUACUCGGUCCAAACUGUGGAGAAAACGUGGAAAGCACUGCAGGACUUCAAAGAGGGCAACGCUGUGUUCACUUUCCCAAAUACUCCUGUGAAAUGUGCUGGAGCUCCACAGAAGAUUAUGUACCUAGCGGAUGCCUAUCUCAGAAAAACAGGAAAAAGGGCAAAAGCCAAUGUCAUAUACAAUACAUCGCUGCCUGUGCUCUUUGGGAUCAAGAAAUAUGCAGACUCAUUGUGGGACAUUGUGAAACAACGAGACCUACAAGUGAACCUGAGGCAAAACCUGAUUGAAGUGCGAGCAGAUAAGCAAGAAGCUGUGUUUGAAAAUCUUGACAAACCAGGUGAAACCAAAGUGCUUGAGUAUGAAAUGCUUCAUGUCACACCACCAAUGGGACCCAAUUUGGUGAUUAAAGGCAGUCUUCUGGCAGAUGAGGCUGGCUGGUUGGAUGUCAACAAAGACAACCUCCAACAUAAGAGAUAUCCAAACGUGUUUGGGAUUGGAGACUGUACCAACCUGCCCACAUCCAAAACGGGUGCGGCUGUCGCUGCACAGACUGCUAUCUUGAACAGAACCAUCAGCAAAGUACGGAAAAAUGAGAAGCCAGAUAAGAUAUAUGAUGGCUACACCUCGUGUCCCUUGGUUACAAGCUACAACACAGUGAUUCUUGCAGAGUUUGACUACAAUGGACAACCACUGGAAACAUUUCCCUUCAACCAAGCCAAAGAAAGAAGACUUAUGUACUACAUGAAAGCUGAUGUGAUGCCUCACCUCUAUUGGCAUGGGCUUCUGCGGGGCCUGUGGGGUGGACCAGGACCAUACAGGAAACUCCUUCAUCUUGGAAUGAAAUGAAAACUGAAAAUGAAUGAAACUACCAAUAAUCAUCCCCAAACUUUUCAGUUAAAUUCAUUUUGUAUAGCCCAAAAUCAUACAUUUGCAAUCUGUACACAUACAACAUCCUCUGUCCCAGGACCCUCGCAUUUGCACAGGAAAAAGUGCGAAUACCCCCCCCCCCCCCCCCCCCCCCCAAAAAAAAAAACAAACAAACAGAGGAAGAAACCUUAUGGAGAGCAACAGAGGAGGGAUUCCUCUCCCAGGAUGGACAGAGGUGCAAUAUAUGUCAUGUUUCACAGAAUGAACAACACAACAUAAGUGAUUAUUUUUCUAUGAGUGCUGAACUGAGUUACAAACAUCUUGGUGGUUAUAUCAUCUUGUUUGCUGCUAAAUUCAUUGUUGUAUUCAUUGCUCUUAAUCAUAAAAUGACUGAGUACACUUAUAAACCUUGUAAAUUACGGUGAUAAUUAAAACUUAAAAAUAUACUCC